CAUUUUUUGUAAACAAACCCCAAAGUUUUGUUUAUGGCGACUUGCGAAGAAAUUUUACGAUAUUUAUCCGUUUCAAUCAAGACUCUCACGUCUCAGAUAAUGAUCAUGGGUGCUCCGUCAAUAAAUUAAAGUUUCUAAGUUCUUUCCUAGCCCGGCAAAGUUCUGGAUAUAAUCUAAUCAUCACAGUGCUUCUGCUACCAUUUCGGAUGUGAUCCAUAACCUCCGCCUCCAUUGAUCAUCUCACAAUUUAUCAUUCUGUUCUGGUGUUCUGACUUUAUCUUGCGAGGGUCAAGAAGUUGGAAGGAAAAUGGCGUACGUUUUAAACCCCUCCCUAAUCGCUGGGAGCAUUGAGGAGGAGCUAAUGCGUGCCAAAGCUGACUUGCGAAGUGUCGAGGAAAACCUUAAACGGGUGACAGGGCGAGACAUGGGAGGUAAUACCGUAAGUAGUCGAAUGAAGUAUGCUAACGUACCUGACACAAAUGACUUUGCAUCACCUGAGCCAUGGCAACAUAAUGCCAACUUUUCUUCGACCAAAGAACGUCGUGUCUUUUUAGCAAAUGAUAGAGCCCGUGCUAGACCAACAGACAAACGCACAAACGAUCAACGAGUUCCUGCAAAGAGGAGGCUUGGAGAUGCCAAAACUGUGUUUAGUAGACUAUCAGGUCCCCCUAAGAAAAUGGAAGAUAGUGACGAGGAAGGCCCGCCAUCCAAAAGACCAUCAAUCUCAUCUCGAGUCGUCGCUUCAGUUGUACCAUCACGGAAGGAAGUGUUAGAAGUUCAACGAAAAGAUAUCAACAGCAAGGACAGAAAUCGAAGAAUGUUUGGUGCUUUGCUGGGAACACUGGAGAAAUUUAAGCAAGAGGAAACAAAACUCAAAGCUAAAGAAGACAAAAAGGCUCAAGUUGAGCGAAAACUGGAAGAAGCAGCUAUUAAAGAGCAGGAAUCGGUUAAGCGACAGCGUGAAGAAUUGUUCCAGAGCAAAAAAGAGCGCAAAGCUGAAAUUAGGAACCUUGAGAUAAAGUUAAGCGUUAUCAAAGAAUUCGAGGAGUGGGAAAAAUCACAGAAACCCCUAGCUAAUUUUAUCCAAACGAAAACAUCACCUCAUAUUUUUUACUCCCCAAAAAUCUUCAAUAAUCAAACACAUGCACUGUUGGAUCGCAGUAGGAGAGCCACCUUAAAACGAAUCGAAAAGAGGAAGUCUGAAUUAUUAGGAAGCCUUGAAGAAUUCCAGAAAAACAAGGAUAAUAGUAGGGAUGAUGAGGAGGAGGAAGAGGAAGAUACAAAGUUGAACACAACCAAUGAAAAAGAAGACAAGACAGAGAACCAAGCUGAUCUCAAGGAUUCCUCUCUAAAUAAUGAGUCCCAUGUUAGCGAUGAAGGUAAGCAGGUAAUGGAAGUUGACAAAGAAAACGAAUUAAAUGAUGAGGGUCAAAGUAAAAAUGCAGAAAAGGAGCCAAACAAUGAAAAUCCUGAAUCUUAGUAACCUACAGAAGGUUGAGGUUACCUUUACCAUGUCACAUAAUAAGCAUCUUAGGUAGGUAGGUGAUGGAAACUACCUACUGGAGACCAACCAUCAAUGUCGUUCACAGUAUUGUUACCAUGAAUCAUUCUUUGUAAGCCAAUUCCUAGAUAUUUUUCUGACUAGGUGCUAGGUAAGAUGAAGGUUCAUUCAUACGGUCUGCUGAGGUUUCGAAUUUUUCUAAAAGUAAGUAUGCUUUAAAGUGGUCUGUGCUCCAUCUUUUCAAAUUAUCUAGGCACAAUCAUUUUAAAUAAUCUAAAAUAAAACUUAAACUAGAUUGACAAUGAGGUUCAUUUAAGAUUGUAAACUCACUCUUAUCAAGUAGUCUCCUGUUUCCUACAGAUUUUUAAGGUGCUCAGAGAUAAUUUUCAAGAAUUUUACUGAAAACCAGACUCACCAAGGCCUAUUUACCUCGCCAAAUAUUUGUAAUGAUAAAUUUCAUACCCUUAUGAGAAAAAAAAAUGGAGGGAGUCUACUACCAAAUUCUUUGUCCUCGCCUAGAAGUUUUAAGCAGUACUAUCUAUCAUCGAUCCAGAAAUUUACGUACGUGACCUUGUAAGUUUGGCUGUGACUUAUUUAUUUUAAUCCAUUUAAACAUCAGGGAGCAAAUCAUUUGAUUUGCAAUCUACUUUAAUCCCUCAUUGCUGAGAAAAGCUGAGAAGAAAAAAUAACAAAUGAAGUUGAGCCUACCAACAUUCCUUCUCGUAUGAAUGUGUCCAGAGAAUAUGACUAUUCCAAGAUUUUGGUUCGGCUAGAGUUUUCUAAUACAGUCAUUUCUAUCCGCAUUUUGAUAACCUUUUUAAAUGAGUAUUUUAAGUUGCGCUAAGUUUAAGACAAGUCCUAUUCUAGUAUGAUUUUAUAGUAAAUCAAACUCAACAAAAUGUUCUUACCUGUGAAGUCUUAGGUCCUGUAAAUAAUGUAAAAAUGUAUGUCUAAAAAAUAUCUUUAGUUCUCUUAGCUCCCUUCUGUGUUGCUGUACAUAGCAUAGGUAUGUGGCAAAACGCAUUUUUUGUUUUUUGUAUUCUACGUAUACUUUCAGUGCAAAGUAGAAAAUGCUAAAUAGGCUGAUUAUUCCAUCUCCCCUGUAUUAUUGUCUUGUCUCUCUCUCUCUCUCUCUCUCUCUCUCUUUUUUUUUUUUUUUUUUUUUCUCCUGUUGACUAUUAUGAAGUUGGUGUUAACAUGUUUUAUAACAUCUCGUAUCAAUAAUCCUUGUCAUCAAGGCUCAGGGAAGAAGCAAGUCAAUUAAAAAUCUUAUGCAUUUAUUCUACAAUCGAAUUGAGAAUCAUCUUCACCUAACUUUAACUAGAAUAGGAUUUUCUUUCUUCAAGAUUUGUAUGUUCGACUUGCAUUUUAUUUCCAAAACCAUUUUCAAUACUCCUAUCCUAUUAUUUUUUAGUGGGCCAACCUCAUGGAAGUAAUGAAAAAUCAUGUAUGUACCUUUCUUUAACAAAGAUCAGUUCUGUCAUCCACAGCAAAAAUUCUGCAAUUCCUUUCAACAUUUUGCAUUUUUUUCCCACACAUACUGCUCUAUUGCAAAGAAUUCUGAUCACCACCAUGCUUCAUUCUGUCGAGCUCAGCUCUUAGUAACAGUAGUAGUGUGUCACUGCUAUUAAGAAAAUAUGACGGUUGCACCCAUUGGCUUUUCUACAAUUGAUCGUUAGUCAGGAAAAAAAAUCGAAAAUGGAGUCACAGCGUUCUUGCUAUGGAUGGUAGCGUUGUAAUCAAAUGUUGAGUGAAAUUCAACUCUUGUUUACCAGUCAUUAAUUAUGUGUAAAUUAUUUAGUUGUAGAAUAGCAGAGAUUCCAAAACUUGGCCAGACUGCAACACCCCACCAAAAAAUGACUGAAAAGAGAGGUUUCCAUUUUUUUCCCCUCCCGUUAAGAAAUUAUUCUGAUGCUAAUUUUUUAAUCUUCGUGACAAUGAUCCUCUGUGGGUCAAGAUAGUUUUGAAGGGACUGCAGAAGUUUCCUCACAAUUCAAGCUUCCAAAAUUUUCGCCUUUUUCCCCCUGAAUUCUUUUUUAUCUAUCCAAAAGUGAAGUGUCUGGUUUUAUUUUUCUUUCAAAUUUUAAUUUUACAAUUAAUUUUUGUUGGCUCUAUUUAAAGAUAGAGCCAACAAGUUUAACUUGAAAAGUAACACAACAAAGGUAUUUUACCAGGAUUUGCUGUCCGAAUUUGUGAUGGUUAAUCCUAGCAAGUCAAUGAACUUUGGUAGUGUUCCUCUACCAAACUCCAUGAAAGAUUAGGUAAAAAUUCUGUGAUGAGAAAGACACAUUAAAUUACUUUCGAAUUGAAGCUAUACUUUGCCACAUUGAUGGCUAAAGUGCGAAACUCUGUAUUUCUGUUUUUGACGUUGCAGACUUCCUGUUAUUAUACUUGAUUUUUUCAUAGAAAAUUAGUAAAAGUAAUUUCUUGAAAACUUCCUUGGUUUUUCUUAUUUGUCAAUAGAAUAUUCUGUAUUACUCUCAAGCAACAGUUGGCUCAUAUCUCUUUGAUAAAUUAAAAUAGGAGCAAAAACUUAGAAACACUGCAGUGGAAAUUCUUUGUUUCGCACUUUAGGUGAUCGAUGUGUGCUCCACUGAUGAUUUUUGAAUCACCAUCUGCGGAAUGAAAUUCAUUUUUAUUUUUUCACUGGAUCUCAGAUCUCAGGAUUGUCAUUUUUUCUCCCAUAUUCUCAAUCUCUUUUCUCCUUCCUUUUUUUCACUCCUCUCAUUUUGACUUGAAAUGAAGUUCCAAGACAGUGCUCAGUUAGGACCUACUGAACGCUAUUCUGACGAGACAAUUGUUAUGAGUAAAAUAUUAUGAGCCCAAAAAUUUUAAGUGGCAUAAUUAGAGAAAAAUAAAAAUUGCAACAACUCAUUUCUCACAGACAAUUUUGUAUCUCAUUUUCAUUUUGUGGCAUUUAGCACACCUGAGUUCUAUUGUUCUUAAAAGUCAAAUUGUCAAUAGUUCUGCGUUAAUAAAUCGGAUUGUUUACACUCAAA